GCUAAAAGCCUUAUAGAAAGAUUUGCUUUACAUAAGCAAAAUAGAAGACAAUAUGAUUUCAUCCUCUCACAUAUUAAGCAAGAGAAUCUGAGAAUAUUAAGGAAGCCUAAGAUAAUCCCAAGGCCAUAAUCCUAUAAUUUAUGCAAUUUUAUUUUCCUGGAUUUUUUACAGAUUUUUUUUUACUUUAAAGUUUCCUAAUGAGUCAUUACCCCAAUUAGUUCAUCAUUUAUUCAAUAAAUACCCGAUCCCCUCAGCAGAUUUUUUUCCCUCCCAACACAAACUAACUAUCCAUAACCCUUUCAACUAACAAUAAUCCUUCAUACUGCAUUCGUCUCCAUCAAAGAGUUUUCAUCGAUGGCUGGCCCUCUCCAUGCAGAAGAAAACUACGCUUUCAUGACUUGUAUUCUGAGAGUGGACGUCAAGGCGGCAGGAUGGCAAAAAGUUGUCUCUCUAGCGUUGAGUAAUAUUCGCGGGGUACGUAAUUUCAAAAUGGUCGAAGAUGGAAAAAUAGAGGUAUCGGGUACUGUCGAUCCGAACCAGCUCCUGAAAAUGCUAGCAUCAAAAGCAGGGAAGAAGUUAAACAUAUGCCUGUGGCAGUUUGGAGAGUGCCAUAGCAAUUUAUAUUUGCCUGAGCCCAAACCAGAAAAGCCUCAACAGAAAGAAGGUACAAAUUUCAAUGGCUACUAUGGAUAUGAUGGUGGUUAUUAUGGUUGCAACCCGUACUAUGUUAAUAAUGAUUGGCAUUUGUAUGGCAACGGGGGAUACGGGGACUAUCCUUGGCCGAAAUAUCCUGUUCACGCCUUGGAGGCGCCACCGGAUGCAGCUGAUGGAAAAGGAACUGUUCCCGGUGGUGAUGAAGUUCCGGUGGAUCAAAAGUCGCAGGCGGCAGAAAAUCCAACCAUAAGUGGUGGAGUGGCUCAUAAACAAUGCUGCAGUGUGAUGUGAGAUGGAUGCAGAAGCAUGCCUCUUGCGUUGCAGAAUGAAUGAUCAGCAACCUUUGUUCAAGUUUCCUGAUAUUAGUCAGAGAUUUCCCUUCCCUGUCCAGUUUUUUUACGACAGAUCGAGGGUUUGAAAUCCGAACUCAUGUUGAAUAUAAAGCGUAGGAGCGGUUUGUGAUUAUAACCUAUGAAAUCAACCCAGAAUUGGGUUUUGUCUAAUGGACUAAUUUCGGGUUUAUGAAUAUAGUUUCUAUCUUAUUAUUUACCAUACAAUCCUAUCGCCUUUCCUGCAUGUUUUUGUACUUGUACAAGAUUGAUAGAUAUGCAAGCAUGUAUAUGCAGUUCUUCCUCGUUGUUGGGCCUGUUUAUUUCUAUUGGAAUUUCAAGAUUCCCAUUGAAACAGUUAACGGUUCUGGUAAAGAAAAAUGAAACUGUCUAGACCACUAUUUGGUGAUACCCUACGCUUUUACUUAAUGAUUUCAUAAAUUUCAGUUCGAAAUAAACUUGCUGAACAUUCCAAGCUAAUAAAAGGGGGAGUUCGUCAAAUUCAA